GAUACCCUGUUUAUGUGCACCAAACGCGCGUGCUUCAUGCAUGUCGUAGGUAGGCUACACAUGACAACGACACUGGACACGCGCUUCUUGAAAAGGGCAGGAGACACAUUGGAGGUGGAAGUGGUGUGAAAGAGGAGGGACUUGAUACUUCAGUUUGCGGUUCACUGUGGAAACCGAAGGGCGAACGCGCUCGGCUCUAUCGGACGAACCGUUGAGCCACGGAACGCCGCGCGUGUCCAGUUUGCGCUGACGUUACCGUCACACGUUAAACUCCCGCAACUGUGCUCACCGCCGACAGCGGACGUUCAGUAAACCCGGUGAAGCCCAGAAGUUGUCCGUUUCUUUCCAAGCGCCACUCUUCCAUGCGAGGAUGUGAAUUUCCACGCGAGGAUCCAGAGUCGUGCCAUGGUUUUGACCCGCGCGCUCCUCACAGAAAUGGGUCGCUCCGCAUCUACGGGUACAUGAAUCUGAGUUCCAGCGGCCAGAUGCCUGAGAUGGAAGAAGUAGAUACCAAUGAGAGCAACGGGUUGGCGAAGAGGAUUGCUCUCAUCAGCUUCCUGUCACUGGUCAUGCUCAUGAGCGUCCUGGGAAACCUGCUGGUUAUGGUGGCCGUCUGCAAGGACCGGCAGCUCAGGAAAAUCAAAACCAACUACUUCAUCGUCUCGCUGGCGUUUGCUGACCUGCUGGUGUCAGUGCUGGUGAUGCCGUUUGGUGCCAUAGAAUUGAUCCAUCAGAACUGGAUCUACGGUGAGACCUUCUGCCUGGUCCGCACCUCUCUGGACGUGCUGCUGACCACUGCCUCCAUCCUACACCUGUGCUGCAUAUCCCUCGACAGGUACUAUGCCAUCUGUUGCAAGCCGCUGGUUUACAGCAAUAAGAUGACACCGCUGAGAGUGGCUCUAAUGAUCGGAGGAUGCUGGAUUAUCCCAACCGUUAUUUCCUUCCUACCCAUAAUGCAAGGCUGGAACAGUAUUGGAAUAGAUGAUUUGAUAGAGAAGCGGAAGUUCUCUGGCAACUCCACGGUGUGUGUGUUUAUGGUGAAUAAGCCGUAUGCGCUGACCUGCUCAGUCGUGGCCUUCUACGUACCGCUGAUCCUGAUGGUGCUGGCGUACCAGCGCAUCUACAUCACGGCGCGGGAACAUGCGCGACAGAUCAGCAUGCUGCAGCGCGCCGGAGAAGCGGGGAAUGCGGAUAGCGCGGACCACCAACGCAACCACCGCAUGCGCACCGAGACCAAGGCAGCUAAGACUCUGUGCAUCAUCAUGGGCUGCUUCUGUCUGUGCUGGGCCCCUUUCUUCAUCACGAACGUGGUGGACCCCUUCAUAGACUACAGUGUUCCUGAGCAGCUGUGGGCGGCCUGCCUCUGGCUGGGCUACAUCAACUCCAUGCUCAACCCCAUCCUUUACGCCUUCCUCAACAAGUCCUUUCGCCGUGCCUUCCUCAUCAUCCUCUGCUGCGGACACAAGCGCUACCGCCGACCUUCCAUCCUGGGCCCUGUACCGACCUGCACGGCCACGCAGAUCAACGGCUCGACACACGUCCUGAAGUAUUCAGUUCUACACAAUGGAAAGCACAGUGAACAGGAGAAACUGUCGAUACAGAACGACACAGAGUCCCAGGAGUCAUGUUUCUGACACAGGCCAGGCUCUAAUGAGGAGCAUGACUGGAAGAGGAUAUUUCUCAGCGCCCUGCCUGCAGCUCAGACCCGACCAGAGCCUUUCAGGAGUCGAGGACAGGGAGCUGGACUGAACUGUUUGCUCAAAGAGCUGCUGAACAAUGAGGGAAAGAACAAUGUUGCCAAAGGUAUCUGGUCUGUAUUUUAGGAUACGAAUUUCGAUUGCAAAGGAGUGUUGGUAAGGGUUUUCCCAAUGUGUUUGUUUCCUUUUUGGUUCUCCUGGGAAUACGACUUCCAAACCAAAAACAUGUCUUUCAAGCUUUAUCCAGAGUGGCUUCUAUUAGCUCUACAGGGAGGAUAACACUUCCUGAAAUAUACGGCACGAAGGCUGAAUAGCUAAGAUGACUCUCUAUUAAAGAAAAUAUUUUUUUUUUAAUAUAAAUGAAAAAGUAAAUUCACAAAUUCACACCACAGUAUUAAAAAGUAGAGCUGGGAGCAUUGCUAAGCGAUUUCUCAAUUUUUUUAUUCUUUUAAUUUAAUUUUAUUUUUUUAUUAUUAUUAUUAUCGUUUCAUCAAUGAAUUCUAAAAUCAACAGUUAUAAUAUAGCAUUGUCACAUGAAUUUAAAGUGUUAAAGACAACAGGCCUUUCCUUGUUUCCAAGACUAUUCCAGAAUCUAUUUGCACAUUUUUUUAAGUGCAACACAAGUAAUGUUGCAGAAUAUUUCUAUUAAAACAGCCUAAAUAACAAGUUUAUAGAAGCCUGCUUCUGCCACUGGAUAAAAAAAAAAAAGGUAAUUGUGAAUUUUUUGCUCACAAUACUGACUUUUUUCUCAGAAUUGUGUUAUUGAAACUGAUUGAAAAAAAAAACGGAGAAUUGCAAAAUUUUAACUCACAACUGUAUAUCACGCAGUUCUGGUAUUAUAACACGCAAAUGCAAGUUAUUAAGUCAAUAUUGUGAUAUAUAAACUUUUUGAAAGAAAAUAUCAGUCUUUUUGGCUUUAUAACUCGCAAUCACAGUUCUCAGAAAAUAAGUCAGAAUUGCGAGAAAAAAGCCAGAAUUGUGAGAUACAAACUUGCAAUUUAUCUACUCGCAGUUUUUAUCACAUAAUUAGUCAGAAUUGCGAUUUCAUAUCUUACAUUUCUGAUUUCAUUCCUUAGAACUGCAGGAAUUUCAAUUCUAACUUUAUAACACGCAGUUGCAACAUUAUAUCUAGUAACUCUGACGUUUUAACUCGCAAUUAUAAGUUUAUAUCUCACAAAAUGUCAGAAUUUUUAAUAU